GCAAGAUGUUUGGCGCCAAAAUCAUCCGCGCCCAGAGAGAGAAGCCUGACCCGGCCAGGCCACAUAUAAAACGUCCCAUGAACGCCUUCAUGGUGUGGGCCAGGGAAGAGCGACGUAAAAUCCUCAAGGCCUGUCCCGAUAUGCACAACUCCAACAUCAGCAAGAUUCUCGGCGCCAAGUGGAAGAGCAUGUCCAACGCGGACAAACAACCGUACUACGAGGAGCAGUCCCGCCUCAGCAAGCUGCACAUGGAGAAACACCCGGACUACAGAUACAGACCCCGCCCUAAGCGCACGUGCAUCGUAGACGGGAAGAAACUGCGCAUCUCUGAGUACAAGGCGCUCAUGAAGAACCGACGUCAGGACAUUCGCCGUGUGUGGGAGUACGGGGAGGGAGGCAACUUCCCUGAAGACGGUGAUGUGGGCGACAACUCUGACCCGUCCAACUAUGACUCCGCCCACUUCCUGCACGGCAACGAAUCAGGCUCUCCGUCUCACAGUCCGAGGGGCGGAGCCAGUACUUCGUCUCCACCCCUUGGCGGCUCAAGCCCCUCCCACUCUCGUCGCUCCGCCUCCCCGAGGAAUUCAAAUGGCGCCGACUACGAUCUGGACGAAAACAGCAGCGAAGACGCCAGCAACAACAAUAACAGCAUCAACAACAACAACAGCAAAGGCCACGGCCCCAACUUCUUGUACGAGGACAGCAAACUGGCGUCUGCCAGGUUCCCCUUCCACCCAGGACAUCCGCUCCAGACCGCUCAAACAUCUCCCCUCGGCUUGAGGCUAGACAUGCCCUUCGCCCCCUCCUCUUCUUCGCCACCUUCUUCCGCCUCCUCUUCCUCAUUUGUCAAAACGGAAGGAGGUGUGGCUUUCCCCAAGCUUGUCUCCGCCCCCUACCCUCUAGGCCACCACUUAGCCGCGCAAGACGCUAUAGCCCGUCAACGCGCCGCCGAUUCCAUGCGCUCCGGAAGUGGCAACGCCCCCGGAAGUCAUGAUGCAGACAGCAGACGUAAGGCAAGCGGGGAUUCCCACAAUAUCAAGAUGGAGUCGGUGUUCCCCCUCAUGACGCCCAUCUCCGACAAUGUAGUACCUUCAGCUACGUCAUAGCCUCAACUCAUAUCUUCGAAGCCAAUCUCACGAACAAUUUUAGCUUGAAUGCCAGUUUCAUGAACUCUUGAACUGGACGCCAAAUCCGUGAACUGCGAUAACCGGGGCAUCAAAAUGCACGAAGUUCUGGUUUAGACACGAAUUUCGUGAACGCAAGGCAUAUGUGACAUUGCCGUUGCCACAAAAGACGUGCUUGGUGCCCGUGCAACUCGUGUUCUGCAACAUGAUUCUUUGUGUGUGUGGAGGAUUCCCACGACAAACCUCUGUAGACUGCCAUUCUUUGCACAGUAUGUAUCAAAUUGUAGACAUUUCGUCAUUUUCUCGUACAUGCCAUGCCAGUCACAGGGUGCUUGUAAUGUCUUUUGGAAGAACAUAUAAUUAUAUCAUACUGGUUUUUGUUUUUAAAUCUGUGUUACUUCACUAUCUGCAAACGCAGUGGUGGCAUUAUUUCGCACACCCCAUUUUUUCAGCUGUUUUACACAAAAUACAAACGGUACUUUUAUGAGACGUUUUGUUCUUGUCAUCAGAUUUCAGCCACUAGUCAAAGAAAAAACAAAUGGACAAAGAGGGUAAUUUUUGGCAGACCUUUUCUACGUGGCGUUUUGUUUUGCUUGACAUUGGGUUUUAAAAAAAUGUGGGGCUCUGUGGUUCUUUGAAAGAUCGUUGUGCAUUGUAGACAUAGAUGUCAAAUACUACCGGUAUUUCAACUGUCAGUUAACGGCGUGUAUACCUCCACUGAUCCUGUUUGAGAUGUUCUUCAAGGUGAUGCGAAUGCCCUUAGAGUAAAUAUUUCUGUAUGUUUGAUAUUCGCGUCUGUGUUUCUUAUUGAAAUGUAAUUGUUGUCAUGACGAUAACAACGUUUCUAUGUUCUGCUUGUUUCGCUCGUACAACGAAGUGGUACUUUAGACACUAGUUUAUUCUCAUAAGCAAUAUAAAACGUGUCACAAAGCAAUAGCCCCUGAAUGUGCGUUUCUUGUGUGAAAAUAUUAGCGUACUCUUCCUAAAUCUGCAAAUUCUCUCAGCACGGUAUGUUACGUUCUUUUCCGACACCAAAACACUUUAGUUCAAGUUUAGAUCUGAAUUUUGGUUCACUAUUCCCUUUAAGAAACAAACUAUUGUUAGUAGUCUGGGAAUAAGAUGAUUUCUUUUAUGUAAAAUUACUGUUACUUUUUUUUAUAUUAAAACUCACCACACUCCAGAAACAAGCAAGGCUCAACAUGUCCAAAAGCGAUUUUUCAUUUUUUUAAAUCUGGAAUUGCCUUCAGUGUGUCUAAUCUUUUUUUUUUUAUUGCACAGUACAAAAUAUUUUUUUAAAAACCAAAACACUCCCUUAAAAGUUGAAUCGGACAACAACCUUAAGGUGACGCCAGUUAUACUUUUAGUUGACCCCGUCUCCCUGCACGUCAUGUACUAUACGUUAUCUACGUCAUACUUUAUGCUACCCAGGCGACAACCUGCUCUCCAUGAUGGCGGGGGCUUAUGAUUCAUUACCUCUAUGUCAAAGGUUAAAGGUUAAAGUGUUGUUUUAGUCUUGUUCUUGUUCUGUCGCUUUUCUUUUUGUUUUUUUAACGUCACUCAUACGUGGUAUCAGCUUGCCUCACGUCCCGCGGUCAAUUUCUUUGGUGCUAGUUUUAGUGGUGUUUUUGGUUCCAUAAUUGUAUGAGAACACCUCGUUUUUUGCAUUUUGUUUGUUUGGGGAAAUAAAAGAACAAUCACACAGUAGCGGCCAUUUUGUGCAGCGAAAUAAUAAGAUAGACAGAGACAACAGAGGAAAAAGAAAAAGACUUAUUGUAGGACCUGCCAGUUGCGCUCUCCAACCAGAUACCAGACGCCACCUCCUGUAGCAAAAAAAU